AUGAGCAGGCCCAGUCUUCUCUCUAUCUCUCAUUUUUCCUUGGAGGCUGAGCGUAGUAACAUGAAGGGACUGCUCUCCUUCUCUCUUCUCAUCACUACUUGGACUUCUCAGUCCUAUUGCAGGGCUCAAGGCAACAGUCAAGCUGCUGAUGGAGAGUCUGAAGCAAAGGUAAUAAAAGUUCCUGAAGUGCAUCACAGGAAAGAGUUCUGCCAUUGGCCCUGUCAGUGCCCUCAGCAGAAGCCCAGGUGCUCACCAGGGGUGAGCCUGGUGAAGGAUGGCUGUGGGUGCUGUAAAAUCUGUGCUAAGCAGCAUGGGGACACCUGCAACGAGGCGGAGGUCUGUGAUCCCCACAAAGGUCUUUACUGUGAUUAUUCGGUGGACAAACCUAGGUAUGAGACAGGAGUGUGUGCAUAUCUCAUAGCUGUAGGAUGUGAACUCAACAAGGUGCAUUAUCACAAUGGCCAAGUUUUUCAACCCAAUCCCCUGUACAAAUGCCUAUGUGUGAGUGGUGCCAUUGGGUGUACCCCCUUAUUUAUACCAAAGCAAGUAGAUAGUCAAUGCUCCGGCCCCAAAGGUGGCAAAAAGUCUGACCAGUCCUACUGCAGCUUGAAACUGCUGCAACAGCAGAUAUCAACAAGCUACCAAGCCAUGCCAGUAUAUAAGAAUCUCCCACUUUUCUGGAAGAGGAAAUGCCUUGUGCAGGCCACAACAUGGACACCUUGUUCUAGAACAUGUGGGCUAGGAAUUUCCAAUAGGGUGACCAAUGAAAAUAGUCACUGUGAAAUGAGGAAAGAAAAAAGACUUUGUUAUAUUCAGCCUUGUGACAGUAACAUAUUAAAAGCUGUGAAGAUACCCAAAGGAAAAACAUGCCAGCCUACUUUUCAACUUUCUAAAGGAGAGAAACUUUCCUUUUCUGGAUGUUUGAGUACUCAGAGCUAUAAACCAACUUUCUGUGGAAAAUGCUUGGAUAAGAGAUGCUGCAUUCCCAAUAAGUCUAAGAUGAUAACCAUACAAUUUGAUUGCCCAAAUGAAGGGUCAUUUAAGUGGAGGAUGAUGUGGAUCACCUCUUGUGUAUGUCAGAAAAUCUGCAGGGAUCCGGGGGAUAUCUUUUCUGAACUUAAGAUUCUAUAAAGAGUUUUAACUAAAAAGAGUAAAUAUUAAACAUUAAUGUUAGUAUAAGCAUAAUCUUUACAACACCAAAUACUUCUUCCAAUAAUUCCUGUGGCUAAAAAAAGUGAAAAAAUACAUUAAUGAUAAAAAGAGUAAGCAUUAGUUAUGUCUA